AUGGAUGGGAAAAAAAAUUCCGUUAAUGGGGAUCAGAAUAAAUAUUAUUUCACUCCAACAUUUGAGUCUCAAGAAAUCUUGACACACAAAAACAAUGAUAGUACGAUACAAGUGAAGGAUUUAAAAACAACCACUGAUCAAACUCCUGAUUACGAUCCUUAUGAUUUUAAAACAGUUACUCAUCCCACAACAAAUGUCGAGACAUUAUUACAUAUGCUUAAGGGCAGUUUCGGAAUUGGCGUAUUGGCAAUGCCAAUGGCCUUUCUACAUUCGGGGUGGCUGUUGGGAAUCAUAGGCACGGCAGUCAUAGGAUUAAUUUCUACGCAUUGUGUACAUUUAUUAUUAAAUGCAGAGUACACACUUUGUAAAAGACAGAAAGUUCCCAGUCUAACGUAUCCAUUGACAGCGAAGUUCGCAUUCUUGGAUGGACCGCGAUUCUUCCAAAAACUGGCUCCUUUUGCGGGACCUGCUGUAAAUAUAUUCUUAUUUGUAAACCAACUGGGUACCUGUUGUGCCUAUACUGUGUUCAUAGCAGCCAACAUUAAAGCAGUAUGUGAUGCCCACUUUACGGAAUUGGAUGAGAGAAUAUAUAUGUUAAUAUUCUUAUUACCACUUAUACUGAUAAACUGCUUAAGGAAUUUGAAAUAUUUAGCUCCGGUUAUGACCAUUGCCAAUGUUAUGACAUUUGCUAGUUUCGGAAUCAUACUGUAUUACUUGUUUACUGAAGAUAUGGAUCUGUCUAAAAGAAAGGCGUUCGCAAAGGUUGCUGAUCUUCCACUUUACCUUGGAACAGUAUUAUUUUCUUUGGAAGUGGUUGGAGUGAUAAUGCCAAUUAAGAAUGAAAUGAAAACACCAAAAUACUUUGGAAGCUGGUGCGGGGUGCUGAAUAUUUCCAUGAGCUGCGUAGUAACUAUGUACAUACUUCUGGGAUUCUUCGGUUACCUUGCUUACGGUGACGGUACACUAGGAUCCAUUACCCUCAACAUUGGCCAAAAUUACGAGGACGAAAAAAUGAGAAUACCUGCCGAUGCGGCAAAAGUAAUGUUGUCCUUGGCAAUAUUCUUCUCGCACGCCCUCCAAAUGUACGUCGCUAUCGACAUCACCUGGACGCAGUAUUUGGCCGCCAAAUUCCAGAAAAGUUCCUUCCAAACUUAUUACGAAUACGUGGUCAGAGUCUUUUUGGUUCUAGUCACUUUUGCCCUGGCUGUUGCGAUACCUGAACUCGAUUUGUUCAUUUCUUUGUUCGGAUCUUUGUGCCUGUCCUCAUUGGGAAUCACUUUUCCGAGCAUCAUCGACUUGUGUACAAACUGGGACAGUUUGCAUGGAUUGAGGGGCAGUAUUAUUAUAGGAAAAAAUAUAUUCCUAAUAAUUUUUUCAGUAUUCGGUUUAGUUAUUGGCACGUAUACCAGUUUAGAUAAAAUUAUUGAACGAUUCUCGGAGUAAACCUUAACCAAAACUGAAAUGCCAUAAACAACAAUGUGAUUUUACUUAUAGAGAUAGUAUAAUAUAAUUGUAUAUUAUUUGUUAUUGUUGAAUAAUUUGUGAGAUAAGCAAAUUGUUGCUGA